AUGAGCAUGGAUUUGUUUUAUGACCGAAGAAGUGUCCGCCAAUACACCGCAGAAAAGAUCCCCGACGAGGACGUCAAGAAGAUAGUAACUGCGGGCUUCUAUGCUCCAACUGCUGUGAACAAACAAGAGACUGAAUUUAUAAUUAUCGACGACAAGAAGAUUCUUGAAGACAUUAUAGCCGUCCAUCCAUACUCUGCGAUGCUUAAAAACUGCAGCCAUGCAAUCGCUGUGAUUGCAAACGUCUCAAAGGCGUAUACACCAGGGUAUUGGGUGAUGGACGCUUCCGCUGCAGCAGAGAAUAUCUUACUCGCAGCACAUCAACUUGGAUAUGGUGGAGUUUGGCUUGGAGUGUACCCAGAGGAAGACAGAAUGAUGAACAUCGCAAAAAUCCUUAAACUCCCUCAAACCCACAAAAUCCUCAACGUUAUAUCACUCGGCGUUCCGGCACAUGAGCAAAAGAGACCUGAGAGAUUUGACAACCUCAGAUUGCAUUUCAACACGUUUGGAAAGAACUAA